AUGCCGGAGCCGGGACAAGAGCCCUGCAGCAACACUACCACCCAACCUCCCCAGCCGCCGCCGCCGCCACCCCCACCGCCUCCUCCGCCGCCGCCGCCUCCUCCACCGCCACCACCCAAGGACUCCCCCUUCUCCAUCAAGAACCUGCUCAAUGGAGACCACCACCGGGCUCCCCCAAAGCAGCAGCAGCCCCCAAGGACGCUCUUCGCCCCGGCCUCGGCUGCUGCGGCUGCUGCGGCCGCGGCUGCUGCCAAAGGGGCCUUGGAAGGCGCCGCCGGCUUUGCGCUCUCGCAGGUGGGCGAUUUGGCUUUCCCCCGCUUUGAGAUCCCGGCGCAGAGGUUUGCGCUACCGGCGCACUAUCUGGAGCGGUCUCCAGCCUGGUGGUACCCCUACACCCUGACCCCCGCGGGGGGACAUCUACCCAGGCCAGAAGUGGCCGAGAAAUCCCUUCUGCGAGACUCGUCCCCUGCUUCGGGCACAGACAGAGACUCCCCCGAGCCGCUACUUAAGCCGGACCCGGACAAGGAGCUGGACUCCAAGAGCCCGGACGAGAUCAUCCUAGAGGAGAGUGAUUCGGAGGAAGGCAAGAAGGACGACGCGUCAUCUGGGGCCGGCGCUGGGGCAGCCGGGCAGGGCGGCGAGGACUGGAAGAAACGAGCUGACAGCCCGGAGAAAAAGCCUUGCCGGAAGAAGAAGACGCGCACGGUCUUCUCCCGGAGCCAGGUCUUCCAGCUGGAGUCCACGUUCGACAUGAAGCGCUACCUGAGUAGCUCCGAGCGUGCUGGCCUGGCCGCCUCCUUGCACCUCACAGAGACCCAGGUGAAGAUCUGGUUUCAGAACCGCCGGAAUAAGUGGAAGCGGCAGCUGGCUGCCGAGCUGGAAGCGGCCAACUUGAGCCACGCAGCCGCGCAGCGCAUCGUGCGGGUGCCCAUCCUCUACCACGAGAACUCAGCUGCCGAGGGCUCCGGCGCGGCCGGGGCCCCAGUGCCAGUCAGCCAGCCGCUCCUCACCUUCCCCCACCCGGUGUACUACUCUCACCCAGUCGUCACAUCGGUGCCAUUGCUGCGGCCGGUCUGA